AGUCGCGGCUCGCCGGACCUUUUGCCGUCUCCGCCGUCCAUUCUCCACUUGGCCUCAUCGCUCUCACACCUUAUAAAAAAAAAGUAUCGCAAAUGUACUGCUUGAAGGCACUGCGCGGGGUCAGAAAAGGCGCCGCCGAGGCGCUGCUGAAGGACGUCGCGCGCAGGGCUCUGUGCCGCGGGGACGCGCCGGGGUUCGCGCUCCCGAGGAGGGCUGACCGGUUGCUGAGCUCGAGCGCCCCGGUGCAGGGAGCCGCGGAGGCGGAGGGCAGAGACCCGCACGGGAACGUGUCAAGGAAGGGCAUCUUCUCCGGACUGGAAGAUAUGCUCUUCUACACCAUCACAGAUGGAGAGGACAGGAUCUCUAUUUCUCGCUUCAUCUCCGCUGUGAAGAGCACAGGUCUGCUGACCUCUGACCCCCGGCUUCGUGACUGCAUGAGGGAACUGCGAUCUGCUGUACGGGAGUCAAACGGUGAUGUCAUGAUGGACAGUGAGCUCUUCCGAAAGUGUGUGGGCAGCAAUAUUGUCCUGCUGACCCAGGCCUUCAGGAAGAAAUUCAUCAUCCCGGACUUUGAGACUUUUGUUGCGAACAUCAAUCAAAUCUACCACAAAGUCCAGAGGCAGGAGGACGGACGUGUAGCAGACUACAUUCCCCACCUGGCCAAGUUUAGCCCAGACCUGUGGGGUGUGUCUCUGUGCACUGUGGAUGGCCAGAGGUACUCUAUGGGCGACACCAGGGUGCCGUUCUGCCUGCAAUCGUGUGUGAAGCCACUGGAGUACGCCAUUGCGGUUCACGAAGCUGGAACGGAGCGCGUGCACCGCUAUGUAGGCAAGGAACCAAGUGGGCUCAAGUUCAACAAGCUGUCCCUGGAUGAAGAAGACAAGCCCCAUAACCCUAUGGUCAACGCCGGGGCAAUUGUCAUCAGCUCCCUCAUCAAGCCUGGCGCAAACAAGGCAUCAAAGUUCGACUAUGUGAUGGAUUUCAUCACUAAGAUGGCAGGCAGAGAGUUUGUGGGCUUCAGUAAUGCCACGUUUCAAUCAGAGAAAGAGACGGGAGACAGGAAUUAUGCGAUUGGAUACUACCUGAAAGAGAAAAAAUGCUUUCCCCCAGGGGCCGACAUGAUUGAUGCUCUGGACUUCUACUUCCAGCUGUGCUCCAUCGAGGUGACCUGUGAAUCCGGUAGCGUGAUGGCCGCCACGCUUGCCAAUGGUGGCAUCUGUCCCAUCACGGGUGAGCGGGUGUUGAGCACUGAGGCCGUGCGCAACACACUCAGCCUCAUGCACUCCUGUGGCAUGUACGACUUCUCGGGCCAGUUUGCCUUCCAUGUGGGCUUGCCUGCAAAGUCAGGGGUGUCGGGAGCCGUGCUGCUGGUAGUGCCCAACAUCAUGGGGGUCAUGUGUUGGUCUCCCCCUUUAGACAAGGUUGGAAACAGUGUUCGCGGAAUUCACUUCUGCCAGGAGCUGGUGUCUGUGUUCAACUUCCACAAUUACGACAACCUGAGACACUUUAUGAAGAAGCUGGACCCCCGGCGACAGUCAGACGACGAGAGGAACAAGUCUGUGGUGAACCUGAUGUUUGCAGCCUACAGCGGGGAUGUGUCAGCUUUGAGAAGGUUUGCGCUGUCUUCCAUGAACAUGGAGCUCAAAGACUAUGACUCGCGCACAGCCCUCCAUGUGGCAGCAGCUGAAGGUCAUGUGGAUGUGGUGCUGUUCCUGACAGAGGUUUGCAAAGUUAACCCCUUUGUCAAGGACAGGUGGGGGAACAUUCCUCUGGACGAUGCUGUGCAGUUUGGCCAUGAGAACGUGGUGAAGAUUUUGCAGCAGUACCACCAUCUUUACAGUGCACCGGAGUCCAUGCCUCGCAUGGAGGACAACCAGAAACUGGAAACCAUGAAAGGUGUUGCCUGAUCUGGCUGCCUAUAUGUGGACCCUAACAUAGUGCAAUGUCAGAGUACUUUGUGGGACCUUUGCUCUCCUUCGUUUUCCUCACAAGUACAUUUUUGUUCUUUCAAGUCAUCUAAAAGAAAGGCCCCUCUUCUCCUCUCAUGAAAUAGCUAGUGGAAGUAGGUUCAAGAGAGUGUGUGUGUGUGUGUGUGUGUGUGUGUGUGUGUGUGUG